CUGUUUAUUCAUUGAGUGUCGUUGUCUCCUCCUUUCUAUCGCAUUGAUUGAUUGAUCUGUCCGUCGGUCGAGCGCUCAGUCACCCACUCACGUAUCUAUGCAUAUCAGCUUGUUUCGCGUGACUGCACUCACCUCACUCACUCAAUCCACUCGCCAACUCACUCCUGCACACCAACGGUCCUAGCUAGGCAUCUCACGUCCAUCAUCCGUCCAUCCAUCCUACGGUCAGUCAGUCAAAAUCAGCAGCCGGGCCGGGCCGGGCCGGGCAGCUGGCAGUCGGUCGAUCCUCUCUGUGUCAGACAGAUGGAUGGCCCGAAAAAGCAACGGCCCGGGGAAGGGCAGGCCUGCCAUCCAUCUGUCUGUCUGUCUGUCUGUGUUUCUGUCCGUGAAGUGCACCAUCAUCGGUGGGGGAGUCAGUAUCUUGGUCGGAAGAUGGGCACGAUCUCCUCAGUGUGCUCCUUGCGGCCCAUGCUGAUUGAUGACGGACACAUACACACGAGACAGGCAAACAGACAGGGGUGUCUCGUGUGUGUAUGCCGCUCAUCGAGUCAAGUCCCCCGCCCACACCACACAGCCCAGCCCACCCAAUGCAUUGCCCACCUGAUCAUGUCAGCUAUCCACACGAUGUUCCGGAUCUCCUGCUCUCGCAGCUUCACCCACGAGUAGAACACACCUGCACACACACACACAUAGAUGGGAUGGAUACUUCAUGUGACUGCGAUGGCAGUGCCGUGUGUGGUGUGCCAUGUCCGUACCGUAGUGGAACUGUUGUUCGAAGGCGAAUUCACACAGCUCGACCUCCUUCUCGUAGAUGAGGUCCUCGAGCGACUUGAGCUGCUUGAUGUCAGUCACGCCAGAACGCUCCUACAUCACACACACAUCCACACAGCACACCCACAUCCACACACACGACCGAUCGCCAUCCCCCGUCCCUCUCUGCCUGCUGGUCUGGUUCCUUCCUUCGUUCCUACCUUUGAGUAGUAGGGUGCACAGAGGUCGAAGAGUGCUGCGUAUGGCUUGUAUGGCUCGAGUGCGGCCCUGACAGUGGUCUCGUUCCAGGCCUUGCGGAUGCGGUCGGUGCCCUCGGGGUAGAGGUAACCCAAACUCGGAUACAGCAGGUUGCGGUCACCCAACUGACCAUAGUCAUGCACAGAACACACACAUGACACACACACAGGAUGGAUGAAUGGAUGUGUGUGUGUGUGUGUGCGUGCCUGUUGCGAUGAUCCGAGCAUGGUGUUGAGCGAGUUGAGCGUCACAGACAUGACGCGAAAAUCCGAAUUCGUCUGUGUGGAUGCACACAUUGACAUGUUGGCCAUAGCAUAUCGAUGCACGCAUUCAUGCCACACAUCUUCGUUUAUAUGCUGCUCAUCUGUGUGUGUGUGUGUGUGUGCGUGUAAGGAUGUACCUUGAGUAUGUGCCCCAUGACCUCAGCGGUGCUGCCGCCCAGUGUCUCGCAGAAGGCGUUGAAGUCCUCAAGCCACGCCUUCUUCAGCAUGUUCUUCAUCAACUCUAAGCACACAUACACACAUGGACGAGGGAGGGAUUGUCGACCUGUGCGUGUCGCUUUCUCUCUCCCUCUCUCUGUGUGUGUACCUAGGUCCGUUUCGUUGAAUAUGGAUGCCACCUCCUGCAUCGACCGGCUCUCAGAGUCCGCGGGCGUCACCUGCUUCAAAAACGACUCGAAAUACGGCCCUGCACAUGUUGACGAACACACACAUUGGGGUUGUGAGACGCGUGUGUCAUCGGGUGCUGGUGGGUUUGUUUACCGACUGGCGUGUCGAUGAGGAGCGUUUUGUAGAUCUCUUCGUAUCCGCUGGUGAUGUCCAUGCUGGCGAUGGCCUUCAUCUCGGGGAACCAUCCAAGCGGGUCAACGCGACCCAACAAAUCCUGCAGACACAGCAGCACACCACCCAUGGGUGGGCAGGUUGCUUGGUUGCUUGGUGUUCCGCCCUUCUCUCCCGCUCUGUCUGUCGCUGGCUGACCUGCGGGCUCUUCUUGUUGACAGUCCCCUGGAUGAGCCCGACAACAUUGUCAAUCAUCUUCUCCACCCUGUUGAGUCCAGUCCAUCCACACACGCCACACCACAUGACACCAUACGUCCGUCACAUGACAUACGCUCCCCUUUCCCCAUUCCUGUCUGUCUGUACUGUGGCUCUCCACAUACGUGAGGAAGUCGAGGAAUUUGCUGAGAGGGUAGUUGGCCUGCGACCGGAGGUGCCGGAACUCGUUGGCGAGCUUCUCGCGGCACUUUUGGCCGAUGACUGUGCUGGGGAUGGGGCUGGGCUCGUCCUGCAGAAACAUGCCGUAGUCGGUCUCCUCCAACGCCAGCUUCAUGUCUGUUGAUGCAUCACCACACAGGCAGACAGACAGCCCAGCAGACAAACAUUGAGACAGCCAGUCGUCUUAUUGCCCCCGCCCCUUCCUCUUUGUGGUCUGUUUGGUCCUUACCGUCGAUAGACUCGCAUUGUGCCAGCCGGCGGUACUCAUCGGCUGAGAGGAAGCCGCUCCUCAGGCCACGAACAAGGGCCUCCAGGUACCCGUCCUUCACGUUGAAGAAACUCAACUCCAUACUGUCCUCAGAAUCAACGUGAAGGUGAGAAGAGGACCUCGGGAAAACUGCG